AUGACCUCAUCCACUCUAUUCACACGACAACAGUCAGACAGUGGAAAUACAACAACAUGUGCCACCAAUAAUGGAAUCAAUCCAAGCUCUAUCAAACCAGCAUUAUACACCGAACCUUAUCGUCCUCAAAUUCACUUUUCACCAAGUACAGGAUUCAUGAACGAUCCAAACGGAUUAGUAAAAUCGGGAGAUACAUGGCAUAUGUACUUCCAAUACAAUCCAAACGCAACAGUUGCAGGCUUUCAACAUUGGGGUCAUGCUACGAGUAAGGAUUUGUAUCAUUGGCAAAAUCAUCUUUAUGCUAUCGCACCAGAUUCAGACGAUCAAGGUAUCUUUUCCGGUUCAGCCGUUUUGGAUGUAAACAAUACAAGUGGAUUCUUUAAUGAUUCAGUUCCUGCUGAUUCAAGAUUUGUUGCAAUUUAUACUCUCAAUACUCCUACUGCCCAAAACCAAAAUAUUGCCUAUUCAACUGAUGGUCAAAAUUACACAAAGUAUUCUGGAAAUCCUGUCAUCUCGCUCAACACUACACAAUUCCGUGAUCCAAAGGUAUUCUGGGAUGAACAGAAAUCUCGAUGGGUAAUGGCUGUUUCCCAUUCGCAAGAUUACCAAAUUGGAUUUUAUGCUUCUACCAACUUACGUGAAUGGAAUGAAGUAAGCAGAUUUGGACCUUCUGGUAUUUUGGGUUAUCAAUACGAAUGUCCCGAUUUGUUGCAAAUUCCCAUCUCAGGUGGCGACAAAGACGGUCAAAAGGCAUGGGUGUUGGUUUUGUCUAUUAACCCUGGAGCUCCUCUUGGUGGCUCAUUCAUUCAAGCAUUCAUCGGAGAUUGGGACGGUACCAACUUUAAACCUUGGGACGGAUCAACUCAGAUUGUUGAUUUCGGUAAAGAUUUUUAUGCUGCUCAAACAUUUUACAAUGCACCAAAUGAUCAAGCUAUCCUCAUUGGAUGGGUAGGUAAUUGGCAAUACGCAAACGCUGUGCCCACCUCGCCAUGGCGCAGUUCGAUGACCGUUCCGAGACAAAUGACAGUUCGCUAUAUUGAUAUGAACCCUAUGCACAAAGGAUACCAAGUGACCAUGGAACCUUAUGGAUUGGAAAGUUUGCAAAAGCAACAAACAAAUGAAAACACGACCUCUUCUAACGGUAAUCAAACCGUAAGCUUGGAUGGAAAUGGAGCAUUUGAAAUUUUGGCAAACUUAUCUUAUCCAUCAACAAAUUACUCUGUCAAUCCACGAGCAGAAUUCCUAAUUCACACCCCAAACCAAGGUGAAUACCUCAAAGUAGGAAUUCUGUACGGAGAUCCAACAACGGUAUACGUUGACCGUAGAUUAGCCGGAAAAGAAUGGUCAGAUUCUAAUCCAUUCUUUACCGAUCGAUUCAGUCAACAAUUCCACCCAAUCACCACGGAUAAUUCGACCAAACAAAUCGUUCGUGUUCAUAUGAUCGUUGAUCGUAUGCAAAGUGAACUUUUCGUUCAAGAUGGUGUUGCUUCUGCUUCAAUUUUACACUUUUGGGAUAAUGAAGCUAAACCAUCUUCUUUGAGCGUUGGAUUGGGAGAUGAUCAGAUCAAAUUGGAUUCUCUACAGGUCAACGCAAUCAAUUCCACAUGGCCAACAUGCCCGUGA